AUGCCAGUGGCGUACGCUCUAGUUGAUGAAGAAACGGUUCAUAGUUGGUGUUGGUUUUUCCAAAAUUUGAGGGAAUACAUCACCAGAGACUGUAACAGUAGAAUUUGUGUUUUAUCAGACCGUCAUGCCAGGAUAAUUAAUGUGAUGGAGAACCUUGUGGAUUGGAGGGAACCAAACGCCUACCACCGUUAUUGUCUUCGGUAUGUAAGAAGCAAUUUUAGUGGUAGGUUCAAGACCAAAUCUCUUAGGAAGCUGUGUUGGAUGAUCGGGAGCACAAGUCAACGCAGAAAGUAUGUUUGGGCUGUGAGGGAAAUGCGGAUGUUAAAUCUGGAUGCUUGGAACUACCUGAUCGACAUCGACAAAAGCAAGUGGACUAUUGUGCAUGACCACGGAAACCGUCGUUGGGGUAACCUUACGACGAACAUAUCCGAGUCUAUGAAUAAUGUAUUACGUGAAGCAAGACCCCUACCAGUGAGAGCCUUGAUUCAUUAUACGUUCACCAAGGACGUAUCAGAGUAUGCUCGGCACACGCAGAUGGCCCAAAGCUGCAAUACCCCUCUACCCCCUCGAAUUUGGUCUAGGUUUAACAAGUUGCAUUCCGUAGCCAAGCAACAUGAAGUGUCCGUCUAUGAUGUCAGAGAAGGUCGCUACGCGGUAGUUUCAAAGGAAGAAACCAAUGAUGACGGCGGAAACGAGUACACCGUUGAAUACAGACGCAGGCGGUGCUCAUGCGGGAAAUGGCAAAUACUUAGAUUCCCUUGUUCCCAUGCUAUCGCCGUUUGCGCUUGGAGGGGUGAGUAA